AGUCAUAGUUUUUAACAUGGCGUCUCGUCACUUACUCAACAUGGAAAAUAAGGGAUAUUCUGGCGCGUUGGGAAGUUUUUCGAUGGGAGGAAAUGGCAAUUUUACAGGAUAUUUGGACGCUUCGAACUCUGUAGCAGUCAAUUCGAUCGAGUGCAGUUGACUUUAUUGAUGCACUUUCUUGUAAUAGGCGAGUGUUUGGGAUGGAGAACAACGGAUUUUGAAGAACUGUAUGGCGACCUAAGUCAAUGUUCAAUGACAAAAGAACUGGCUCGGAAAGUAAGUGGUUUUUAUUUAUUGAGUCCCUGUGAGGUUUGAUGAAUAGCAGAACCAGUACUGAAUAUGUCUCGAUCGAGAGCAGACGGGACCAUGAGCUCCUGAUUGUUAUAUUUUAGAAAUUUUUACAAAUUUCCAUACAGUUUCUUAUAUUAUUUGGACGCCAUUAAAGACGAAAUGCGCAAGCGCGGCCGCCAUCUUGUCCAAUAUUUCUGCCGAUGUGUAUCUAGUCUUGAAGUCGUUCUCUGUAAGUCUGAUGUAUGUUUCAGUGGUGUUGUUGUCCUUACCUGUGACGGCGGCUUGGUAGAUUAGAGAUGAUUGGAGGCAGUUUCCGUUAAGUGGAAAUGUGUUCUUCUGUUGGCAGUUGCAAGUUUUGGUGUCUUUUGGUGUUAGCUGCGGUCUUUGAUGUGUUUGGAUGAAUUUAGAAUGCGUUUGUUGUGGCUGUCGAUGAUCUGUUUGGUGUUAUUCAUGCAGCUGUAACUGAUCUUAAUUGUGUUACGAUUAAAGAUUUUUCUAAGUUUGUGGUCUUUCGGGGCAUGCUUGUCUACUAGGGCAAGGAACUGUGUCCGAUAUUGGUGCUGACGUUUUUGCUAAUUGGGGGGUUGUACCAGAGUAUGUUGUUCCGUUGUCUGUUUUUUUGUUUGUUAGUCGUAGGUGGUUCAUAGUGUAGAGUGUACCUGUAUCCGCAUUCGUUGAGUGCUUUUUUUAUAACAAAGGUCAACUUUAAAGGCAUAGCCUUUUGAUAUGCCUUUAAAGUUGACCUUUGUUAUAAAACAGUCAAAAAGAUACAUUGUACAAUUAAUUCAAGGGCUUAUCGCGAAUGAGAAGGAGGAGGGACGGCAUUCUAGCUGUAUCAGUGUGAACUUUAGAUUUUCGAAGAAAACAAAGCGAUAUGAUUUUUUGGCUAUAUCCUGGUGUACCGAUCAACCAAAAUAUGUCCUGGUGUGCUGAAACUUGCGUGACAUCAGUCAAUUGAAUAAUAGUGUGACAGCUAGAUAAUUUGAUAAAUAAUGAAUGCUUUGAUAAUAAAAUUGGUUCAUUGUUGGAUUAUUUGGGUUAUUUUAGCUGUUUGGAUCUUUUGGAUCACUCGGGCCAGUUGGGUCACUUGGGUCACUUGGGUCAGUUGGGUCACAUGGGCCAGUUGGGUUAUCAGUUAAAAUAUCGCUAAAAUACAAACGCUGACCUAGGUGCCAUCAAAGAAACUGCUCACAAAAAUUACAUAAUUAGUUUUUCGAUAUUCAGUAUAUCAUAGACACUCAGAGUAAUGUCACAUCUACCAUGGAACUGGAAUCUCAGCUGGGCCAAAUUAUUCUUUCUAUGGAGGAAGUUGUACCUCAACGCCUUCGUCAAUGGCUGACGGCGUUUGCUUGUAGCAAUGGCACAAUGAGCUAGAUGCUACUUUGUUCAGCUCUGUUGUCUCCGAGCUCUUUGCUCAGUCAGACAACACUGAAGCCUUUUGGUUCCUACGAGAAGAAGGCAAACCUUCAUCUGAUCGCCACUGCCCCUUCUGGAACAGGGAAAACACCAGCGUGCCAGAAAGGAUGCGUGGAGCCAAUCGUGGGCCAUGUCGAGGAGAAAAUACAGACCAGCAUUGUGAUUGAUGAAACAUCAUCAAGCCGCCUAUUUAACCAUUUCCUAGGAGGUUAGUUUUUAUUAGACAUUGACAGGAGCUCCUAACAUUGAUUAUUAUCUUUUGAGUGUAGUAAGCUUCAGCUAAUAUUAUAAGACUUAAUGUAUCACUGAAGGAAAAAAAAUUCCUGAUAAAUAAUUUAAUUAACAGAUUUCACAGAUUUUUUUCAUUGCAAAAAUUGUAGAUUUGUCAGUUGGUUAUGCAACUGAAUUUGAGGAAUUUCCUUUAACCCUUUAACCCCUAAGAGUGACUGGCAUUUAAUUUCUCCUCACAAUAUCAUUCCUGAAUCACAUGAAGAUCAUGAGAAAAAAAGGAAUUGAUCACUAAGUAAAGAAGCUCUUGACUGUUAAACAAAUUGUCCCUGUCAACAUCAUAUGAAAUGUAUUAAGAACAGUAUGGAGAAUAUUCCCAUCAAUGCUACGGUGUAAAGGAUUAAAUGAUUCUCUAGAAGGACUACUGAUCUUGUGCCCUCCAUUCUUGGGGCAAGGGUGAGGGGCUCCCAUGUGAAACAGACAGAGUUACUUACUGAAAAUAUUGAGUUAAACCCCUAAAGGAGACCGAUGUGGACUUGGCUCAGAUGUAAAUAUGUAAAAUGCAAUAUAUUUUUUUUCCAUUUCUUUGCGUGUCCCCCAUAGGGUCUUUAAUAUGUUGGCAUUUUUCCUGGAAACACCCUAAGCAAGCCCAAACAUCUGAAAUUUACACUCCAAAGCAAGACAAUGAACACCUCUGUCUGUUUUGUAUAGGGGUCCCCCUGGGCCUUUCACUCUGCAAUUGAGGGUAAGUGGGUAGAAAUUAUGGGUAGUAUUAGAAAUAAUUUCAGCUCUAAUUUACAAUCAGUUGUCCAGGAAAACAUAUGUUAAUCACAAUGUAUGAUAGAAUAUAACCAAUUCAGUACAUUUAUUGCAGCAUCCACAGUGCCAAUCCUUUGUGUGGAUGAGGCAUACUCUCUCCUACAAAGACUAAUAUAUCAGAGGAAAUCAACAUCACAGACAAGCCUCUCAUUGGAACGCCUGUGUAAAUGUUACAAUGGAGAUUUUUGAUACGUACUAAAAGGGACAAAAGACAAGCGAGUUGGAGUAACUUCAGCUAAACUAGCCCACCUUGCUUUCACCACCCCUCAGCAGUUCCUGGAGUCAGUUUGGCCAAAAAUUGUAGCCUCAAAAAAUGGGCUGGCAGAGAGGUUGCUGUUUUUUUAUCAAAGAAGAUCAGAAGAUCUUGACCUGGAAGCCAUGGUAGAAAACUCUGACUCCCUGGACAAGUUUUCUGUUAAAUCUCUUGGCAAUGUACUUGAAAAGAUAUAUGUGGAACAUAACACAACCCCAGCACUGAAGUACACAUUGACUGCCACUGCUAAGGAAGUUUUCUUUAAGUUCAGCAAGCCUAAUGAAGAUGACAGCCAGGAUGCAGUUGCCAGUCCAAGUAUUUCCUCAGGUUCAAAGAAAUAUAAAAACACUUUACAUGUUGCUUUAAAUAUGCAUGUCCUUUAUCACCGGCUAAUCAGAGCACUUGCCUUAGAGUCAGGGACAACACCCACAACAAUAACAGCAGAAACCAUACAAAUGGCAAUAACUUUCACAGAUACUCUUGAGACCAUGAAGGGAAUCUCAGAGCUGGCGAGUUUAAUAUAACAAUAAUGAUAAUAAUAAUUAUUAUAAUUGUCAUUAUUAUAAUAAUCUAUUAUGGUGACCCGCAUGGAAAGGAAAUGACCAUAUCUUGGACAAUGGGGGCAUUUCUUUGUUCUAACACCAUCACAUUUACUCUACAUUGGUAGAUUUUAAAUUACUCCUGAUGAACAAUGCAAGACUUACAUGACAUUUGCAACCAAAAGAUUAAAUGAAAAAAAGUGCUGUUUGAUUGAGAGAAGAUUUUGUUAAUUUUGAAUGGGUAGUUAUUUGUAGCCAUUUCUGCACGUCAGGAAUGAUUAAGGAAACCACUUCUACACAUUUUUUGACGGUGAAAAAAAAAACAUGCACAUUCCAUAUAUGUUGUGGUUCAAAUUUAUCUUUGGUUGAAUAUUUUUCAAUUAAGUUUGAUUUUUUAUUCCAAACCGAUUGAAAAAAGAACAAUAAAAUUCAAACCACAAGAUACAUGGUUUGCAUUAUGCACUCAAUAUUUAGUGGACUGCUGAUGACAUAAAAACUUUAUGUUUUAUUUUAAUUUGAGCCAAAUGGGUUUGUUUUACAUUCUUGCCGUCUGCAGAAAGAUGGUAUAUAAAAAUCAAUGUAGUUUGCAUUCCUUUUAAAUUUAUUAAAUUAGUAUAUUUUGAUGUGAUAUUUCAAAAAAUGAAUGCCCAAAGAAAAUAAUUACAUAACUGAAUUAACUAAAUUCCUUGGAUGGUAAAGAAGGAACAUGUGGUAAAUCAUUAUAUUUUUGUUGUCUCCUGACUGCAUUAGUUGUACAUAACAUAGCAAAUCAGAUACAUAAUUAAUUUUUUUACAUAGGUGUAUUAAAAAUUUUUCUUAAUCACAAAUUGAGACAAAAGUAAUAUUGUGGAGUAAGAUAGUUUAUAAGAUUUAUUUUGUUCAUGAUUCUUUCAUAUAGUAUUAGUAUAUUUCAAUGUCAUAUUUCAAAAACUGAACACCCA